AUGUAUUCAGGAGCAUAUGUUAUGAGAUUAAUAUCUCCUAAUUAAAUGUGUUUAUUUCUUUAUCUCAGAAAAUCUAAAGCAGUCCACAGUAGCUGGCAAGCACCCCCCAGUUUGAACCAACCUGUUAGCUAGAAUCCAAGCAUAAACCAAGCAGGCAAGACAAAAGGCACCUAAAGUUCAAGCACCAAGGAGUAAAGAGGGAGGGUGGACACAGAUAUAAAGACCUGGAAGAGGGGAAGUCUUUAUCAAGCAAAAGACGAAGCCAACACCAGGUUGAGACUUCGGCUUUCCUACAUUUACUCAGAGUUCCAGAGUCAAAGCCAAGUCUGAUUUUGUUGGUUCUGCGUCUCUUGUAAAGUCCAUCUUGCAAGCCUUAAAGAGUAAAGGUCAAGGUUCAAGACCAAGUGACAUUGAGUAUCCUUAACAGCUAGUCAUAUUUGAAGAUGUUCGAGAUGCUGAAGAUGCUCUUUAUAACCUCAAUAGAAAGUGGGUAUGUGGCCGUCAAAUUGAAAUACAGUUUGCACAAGGUGAUCGCAAAACACCAGGCCAAAUGAAAUCAAAAGAACGUCAUCCUUGUUCUCCAAGUGAUCACAGGAGAUCAAGAAGCCCCAGCCAAAGGAGAACUCGAAGUAGAAGUUCUUCAUGGGGAAGAAACAGGAGGCGGUCUGACAGCCUUAAAGAGUCUCGACACAGACGAUUUUCUUAUAGCCAGUCUAAAUCUCGUUCCAAAUCACUACCAAGGCGGUCUACCUCAGCAAGGCAGUCAAGAACUCCAAGAAGGAAUUCUGGAUCUAGAGGACGGUCAAGGUCCAAGUCCUUACAAAAAAGAUCCAAGUCAAUAGGAAAAUCACAAUCAAGUUCACCUCAAAAGCAGACUAGCUCAGGAACAAAAUCAAGAUCACAUGGAAGACAUUCUGACUCCAUAGCAAGAUCCCCAUGUAAAUCUCCCAAAGGGUACACCAAUUCUGAAACUAAAGCACAAACAGCAAAACAUUCUCAUUUUCGGUCACAUUCCAGAUCUCAGAGUUAUCGUCAUAAAAACAGUUGGUGAACAGCAACUGAAGAGCACUACAUAGUCUUUAAUAUAAGUUAUUAAACCUCUCAUUAUGUUAAAUAAAAAUUCUUCAAGGCUUACAGAAAAUGUGAGUUGAUAUUAGUUACUUUGGGCAUGUGUAAGAAAAAAUAAAAGCUCUCUAGCUUUGGAUUAAUAAAGAUUUGUCUCAAUUUAAGGGCCCACACCACAAAUUAUGAUGUAUCAUAUGUCACCAUUUUAUGGACCAUUUUUGUUUACAUUGUGGCAGAAGGGUUAUUUUCAAAGGAAAUGGGUAAAAUUGAACUAAUUUAGAAAAUUCUACUUGGAUACUUUUACAAAAAUAUUUUUUACUUUAAAGCACUUUCAUGUAAAAAUUAUGACUGUAUAAUUGCAUAGGGCAGACUUAAACUGUUUGACACCUAUGUCUCUUUUGUGUCUUAUUUAAACUUGGGCCAAUUCCUGGUUGAUAUUAGUUCAUAUUACAAAAUUUGACAUUCCAGAAAGUAGAAUUUAUAUAGAGAUCAAGUAUUCAAAAGAUGCAUUCUCUCUUGAGCUCAAAGAAGGUUUUAUUUUUAUUGGAUGGAACAAUAUAGGUAAGUUGACAUGAAAUUGUGUCCUGUACCAUGUUCACUUCAGAAAUGUCAAAACAUUUUAGAAAUAUUGGAUUUUGAAAGGUUUGAGACAACUUCUUUAAAAGUUAUGGUGUGCAACACUCACAAUCCAAAAAUAUUCUUAUUAAGCCUUACAUAUUUGAACAGUGAUACAUUUUGUAUAAAAUCAUAUUUUAUACCAUUAUUUCUACAUACCUACUUUUCACCUGCUGUUUAAUUUUUUUCCUUUUAGAGCUCUAAGCUCAAAACUUUAAACUAUAUAGAAUGUCUUUAUUAGUUUGAAAUAGUGUUUAGUACUUUCUAUUAAGACAAGACUGCAUCUUUAAAACUUUGUAGUAUUUGAAUUUUACAUUACAUUGCCUUUCAUUUUUUUAAACCAUAUAACUUUGUUGAUAUUUUUUGCUUUUGUAGUUAUAGUUAAGAGAUCCUUUUAAAAUGUGUUUGUAGUUUAUGUUUUUCACAGGGUUUUGGUAGUAUUUGUGAUAAAAUGGUUUUGCAUAUAAUUAUUAUGGGGGUUAUAUUUAUAGAGCUCUACUUGUAUACCUUGUUGAAUUAUUCUCUUGAGACUUAAAAGUUCUCAACCCAUAGAGUUAAUAUUUGUAUCCAGAGUGCUUAAGAAAAAAAUCUGUCUUAUCUUGUAUUUUUAGUAUAUUGGAGCCAGUGUUGCUUCUAUUUGUUUUGAAUACAAAUUCACUUUUCUUUGCAUUUUAGACCCUAUAUGUAAGAAACAACUUUACAGAAUAAUUUGUAUGCUGGUAAUACUUGGACAAAUACCAUAAAUUCAUGUAUAUUGUA